ACCCAGUGUCUCUUCCCCACUCGGCCAUCCUUUUGGCUAUAUUUAGGAGAGUAAGUAAGGGUUUUUUCUUGAUGCUGUAUGUAGGCAUCACAAGAACUUCUGAGCAUUUUGAAUGAAGCAGAUCGAUACCAUCAGUAAAUCUUUGGCUCCAGAAGCCCUUUCUUUUCACAUUAAAGAUGCCUGCAAAGCUUCUGACCAUGGAGCCCUCUCCAAAUUCCACUCCGUCACCCAAUAUCACGGAUCUGUUCCACAAAUUUGUUCACCUGGACGGAGAGCUGGCAGAGACAUUUUAUACUCUGUGGAUAGCCCUGGUGGUGGUCAAUGCCAUCAUUUUCCUGGUAGGAGUGGUGUUAAACUCUUUGGCUCUCUAUAUCUUUUGCUUCCGCACUAAGACAAAGACCACCUCGGUCAUCUACACGAUCAACCUGAUUGUUACAGACUUGCUGGUGGGCUUCUCCUUGCCCAUCCGGAUCAUCAUGCACUACAGUGCUCCAGACUGUAAGAACUGUGCCCUCAUCCACAUCUUCACCUACUUUGUCAACAUGUACUGCAGCAUCCUUUUCCUUACCUGCAUCUGCAUUGACCGCUACCUGGCCAUUGUCCAGGUGGAAGCUUCCCGCAAGUGGAGGAACCCCGACUAUGCCAAGGGCAUCUGCGCCUUCAUCUGGGUCUUUGCCACAGUGGUCACCUUCUCCAUCCUCACCAUGGCCAUGAAGUUCUCCCACUGCUGCAUUGCCCAGAUCUUGCCCCUGAUGGUCUGCGAGUAUGUCUUCCCCCUCAUCAUCAUCACCUUCUUCACCACGAGGAUCAUGUGCGCUCUCUCCAAGCCAACCUUGAUGCACCAGAGUCGGGAGAGGCGGAUGAGAGCCGUGCAACUUCUGAUCACGGUCCUCAUCAUCUUCAUGAUUUGCUUCACUCCGUUCCAUGUGCGCCAGUUGGCUAUCUCCAUUAACCCGGGCAUGUCCAACAACAUCAGCUUAGUUGCCUAUCACGUCACUGUCGCAUUGAGCAGCCUCAACAGCUGCAUGGACCCCAUUGUCUACUGCUUUGUCACCAACAACUUCCAGUCCACCAUGAAAAAUAUCUUCAGGAAGUCUGAGCCUGAACAGACCAGUGGAGACAUCAUCAGCAUCAACAAGAACUCAGGUUCGAAUGCCAUCAUAGCAUUCACAAAUGUGAUCGGGAACCCAUUGGCCUUGCCUUCCCCUAAUAGUACAGCAAGCUCAUAGGAGAAGGGAGAGUUCAGUGUACGUUCCUCAUAAAUGUACAUUGUUGUCAAGCUAUGUGAUGCUAUCCUCUUUCAUAAGAGUAUUUUAGAACAUCAUGUCAAACUUCAGAGUUCUUUGGGUUCUUCCAUGACACCAUCCAUAUAUACAUGGCAGCUGGAUUUGUCAGGUGGGAAAUGAUGUCAUGAUGUUUCCUCUUCCAGAAUUGUGCCUCAGGAUGUAUUCUGCAUUUCAAGGAAUGGUAGAGGAAAGAAUAGACACAGCUACGUCUUUUGACAGUUCUACCUACAUCGCCGUGAUCUUUUGGAGAGCAAGAAGCAAAGAAGAAGCGUGUUCAGAGGUUGAUAUUACUAAAGACUGCUCAGAUCUCCAAAUGCCGACACUGUGGACUCUGACGAGCAGGACAGAAGGGAAUGCAACAAAAACUUUGUAUUGCAAAUGGCAAAUGAUAGGAGAGAAUUACAACCAUGGUGAUUUGGGGACAUCUUGCCUGGCCCAAAUCUAAUAUCAAAAUCACAAGGUUAAUAAACAACAGAACUAAACU